AUGGCUUCGUCUGCUGGCCCCUCGCGGGCCAAAGCAUCGAACGAUCCGCAGAGCCUGGCGAUGAAGCUGUACGAUCAGUGUCUCUCCAGCUUCCCGACAGACCAUCUCUACUACCAGCAGGAUCUGCUCGGGCUGGGAGUCAUACCGAACGACGACCUGGCGCUGCUCUUGAGAUGCACCCAAAUUCUAGUCGACCAGAGCUUGCUCCGGCUUCUACAAGCGAAAGAUGAUCGUCUUGCUUGGAAGAUCAUUGCGCAGUCAGAUGCUGAAAAACUGCAAAACCUCAACGGCGAGGAACGCCUCGUGUACAAUGUAAUCCAUUCGACCGGCCGGAACGGUAUCUGGACCAAGAUAAUCAAGACUCGAACAAACCUGCACCAGACGAUUAUGAACCGGUGUCUGAAAUCCCUCGAAGCGAAGAGUUAUGUCAAAUCCGUACGAAACGUCAAGUAUCCGUCACGUAAAAUAUACAUGCUAUCAGGGCUACAGCCGAGCGAGGAGAUUACCGGAGGUGCGUGGUUCACAGAUGGCGUGUUGGAUGCAGAUUUCAUUCGUGGCCUGAGUGGCUGGAUUGAACACUGGGUGAGCGCACGGAGCUGGAAUUCUCCCGGAAGCGAAGACCAGCCAAAGGGGAAGAAGCGGAAGGCUCAGGCCGAUGACUCGGAAACGCAAUAUAUACCAUACCUCCCAUCAUACCAGGGCCAUCCGACCACGGCUGAUAUCACAAAAGCUAUCAAUGGCUCCGGACUUACCCCAGUCACCAUGGACGAAGGGAGCAUCUCUCAGCUGCUGCAGAUGCUUUGCUAUGACGGGAGAUUGGUUUCUCUUCGAGACGGAGCCGCAUACAGGAGUGUCAAGAAGCCGAAUCAGAUCUCUCUUCAACGCGACCUGGGCCUCCAGGGCCCAGGCGGCGCAACCACUAAAGAAGGACCCUCCCUUGGAUCAAACGGAAUGACUGAAGUGCCUUGUGGUCAGUGCCCUGUGUUUUCCCUCUGCCGUCCAGGAGGUCCUGUCAGCGCCGAGAACUGCGAGUAUUUCGACGAAUGGCUGAAAAACUCUGCAUUGUCCUUUUAA